AUGGUCCAGGACGCUAAGAACCUCUACUACUCCCUGGACUGGUUCCAGCAGAUGAAGAAACAGUACGACGAAGCGUCCUCCGACCGCUGCUUGGGCAUGUCCUUCGACGAGGCCGCCCGCCACAUCUCCAAGGAUGGUCUCUCCAUGACCGCCGAUGAGGCCAAGGAGUUCGACGAGAACCACGACGGCAGCAUCAACUUUGAGGAGUACCUGACCAUGCGCUUCAAGUACGAUGCACUCCGCGAGGGCAACAUGCGCGGCCGUCUCCUCGCAUAA